CUGAGGCUGAUAUCUGUGCCAGGGGCUGGCUGCAAAACCAGCGCAACUGCUCUGCAUAUUUCGAUAGAAAACUGACAUGGCAGCAAGCUGAGAUUGAAUGCCAGAGCUAUGGCCGUGGGUCCCAUCUGGCCUCCAUCCUCAGUGAGUCAGAGACAAACCUGCUGGCCCAACACAUCUCCACUUACCAACAAAAACCAAGUGAUGUCUGGAUUGGACUGCAUGAUCCCCUUGGGAACAGAAGAUGGAGAUGGGCUGAUGAAUCUGUCUACAACUAUGAGGCCUGGAAGCACUACCAGCCAAGCAAAUCCAACAUGAGCAUACACUGUGUAGAACUGCUUCGAUCCACUGCUUUUAAAAAGUGGAAUGAUGCUUUGUGCAAGAAACUCAAUGCCUAUGUCUGCAAGUACCAACUCUAGAGAAGGCU